CCUCCCUCCCUCCCCUUGCUUUCCUUGUCAAUUUUGUACUCCCAUCUCUCUUUGUUAUUAUCCCCUCCACUAAUCCAUCAACACCUUCUUCUUCUUUCUUCUUACUCCAUCUCCAUCCAAACCUCUCUUCUUCUUCUUCUUUUGCUUUGCUUUUCUCGCCGCCGCCGUCCAACCCAAGAGAGAAGCCAAGAGCGACAAGCAAACCUGCAAGUCUAACAAGCCAAGAAAUCCGAGAGAAAUCGAUCCAAGGAGGAGGGCGGUGAGCCAUGGUGCGGAGCAAGGAGGUGCACAAGAAGCCCAAGGACCCGCUGAUGACGCCGCCGCCGUCGUCGGCCAAGAAGAGGGGUUUCCGGGACGACGGCGGCGGCGGCGGUGGGGGGAGCAGGCCGAGGAACCGCGAGGGCGCGGCGACGUCGCUGACGCCGGCGUCCGUGCCUAACUACAUGAGGGGGACGAGCAGCUCCGACGCCAAGGUCGGGCGCGGGGCGGCGUCGUCGGCGUCGCCGCGGCGGAGGCCGGUGCGGGUGGUGGCGAGGGGGAAGGUGCUGUUCCCGAAGGUGUCGGCCGCCGCCGCCGCCGCCGCCAGCGCCGGGCUGGGCAGGGCGACGUGCUCGUCGACGAUGAAGGAGGCCAAGUUCCCCGACGCGCUCGACCUCGCCCCCGGCGCCACCGACGCCGAGGGCCCCGCCGCGACGCGGGUCUGCCCCUACACCUACUGCUCCCUCAACGGCCACGCCCACUCGCCGGCGGUGCCGCUCCGGAGCUUCCUCGCGUCGCGCCGCCGGCUCAUCAAGACGCAGCAGAGCAUGAAGCUCAGGGGCGUCUCCGCCUUCCGCAAGGGCGCCGCCCACCAGAGGCCGGAGGACACCAACGGCGCUGGCGGCGGCGCGAGGGUGGCGCCGCCGCCGCCGCUCAUCGACGAGGAGGCGCUCGGCGACUUCUUCGUGGAGGUGUACGCCGGCCCGCGUGUGAGCACGGACAUGAGCUGCAGCGACAUGUCCCUGGACGAGAUGGACGCCACGGUGAGGAAGAUGGAGUUCGUCGUCUUCGACCGGUGCGGCGCCGACGAGUCCGACGAGAAGGGGAAGAACGACCUCGAUGUCUGCGGCGACGGCGGCGACGAUGACGGCGAGGCGAGGCCGGAGGAGAGGUUUGGUGCCUUCAGAGACAGCACGUCGGAGUGCAGCGACGCGUCGACCUCCGGCGAAUUCGUCGAGGAGUUGCCGUGGAUCAGGUACCAGGGGUAUGAGGAUGAUAGCUUGGAUGGUGAAUUUUCAGACGAACACGGGAUCAGAGACGAGGAGAUCACUAGAGCAGUUGUUUCUGAAUUUCAAGAAGAUCAAGAAGAAGAGGGCACAUCAGGUAGAUUGGGAGAUGGGUGCGAAGAUGAGGCUGCUCAACAACAGGAAGAAAAUGAUGAGCAAAACAUCUCAGAUUUUGCCUGUGAAUCGGAGAUCGCGUCGGAGCAUGAAGGUGUUGAUUUCAGAGUUGAGGCUUGUGAGGAGCAGGAGAGAGUCAGUGAAGACAACAUCCUGGAUGCGGCACAUCAAACCGAGGUUUGUAGAGAACAAGAGAUGCAAGAAGAGAAAAACUUUGCUGCUGUCUGCAAAUUGGGGAUUCCUGAGCAGGAACUAGCAGAGACGGCGGAUAAUAUCCCUGAUGAGUGCUGCAAAGAGGAGACUUCAAUGGAGCAGGACGAAGGCGGCGAUGGGACCAACAUGGAGUCUGAAAGCAUUUCAGAGGUUGCCGAGCAUCCGAAUGUGGAAGAUGAAGAGAACACGCAGGAUGAUGGUGGAUCUGAAAUGGAGAUAUCUGAGGAGAUCAUCUCUGGUUUUGGGUGCGAAGAGGAUUUCUCCGAGGAAGUCACUUCAAAAUAUGUCUCCGAAGGUGAAAUUUCUGACUCCGGUGCGAUUGUUUCCCUACAUGUUGAAAUGCAAAAACAACCAGUGGAGAACCAUGCCUUUGAGCAAGAUGACAGCAGCACUGCAGACAAUGCAUUUCAUCAAGAUGACAGCACAGCAGACAGAGCAUUUGAUCAAGAUGACAUCCGUGCAGAUGGCUAUGAUGACUCUCAGAAGGAAUUGGAUAUUGGAAUGAGAGAAUUCAGAGUUGCCUCCGAAGAAGUUGGUAUUCAAGAAGCUAAUAGUGAUGAUCCUGUGGACUGCACAGAAGAUGCUAACAUGGAACUGGGUGUAUUCUUGUGCGACUUGCAAGAUGCUUCUGAAGGUUCUGGUAUCGCUCAAGAAAGCAGCCAAGAAGGUAACUCGGCAUGCUUUAAUGAUGGAGCUCAAAUGGUACCAGAUAUUACCACACAAACAACAGAAGAUGCUUCUGAAGAAUCUGAUACCGCUCAAGAAACCACUCUUGAUGAUAACUCUACACCACUCGCUGCUGGUGCCCAAAUGGAAUUGGGGAUUGGCACAAGUGAGUUGAUUGAAGGCUCUUCUGAUGUCACUGAACAGUCUGGUAUUGCUGAAGAAACCUGUCAAGAUGAUAAUGCUGGAUAUUUCAGUGAUGAUGAUUCUCAAAAGGCAACCGUGAUAACCACAUGCCAAUUGCAAGUUGAUUAUGAAGAAAAUGUUAUUGCUCAAGAAGCUGAUGAUAACUCUACAGGUGUCAGAGAUGAUGCUCAAAAUGAACCUGAGCAAACAUGUGAAUUGGCAACAUCUGAAGAAUGUCAUUUUACCCAAAAAACUAUUCAAAAUCAUGGUGCUCUAGAGGAAUCCGUGGUUAUCGCAAGUGCAUCAGAAGAUGCUCAUGAAGAAUCAGAUCCUACUCAAGAUGGUCAUGAAGAAGACUAUUCUGUAGGUAUCAAUUCUGGUGCUCAGAAGGAAGGAGAGCUUGACACAAGUGAAUCUGGAGGUGCUUCUGAAGGAACUACUGUGCAUCAAGAGGAUGAUGGACACGUUAACACCACAGAUCUGAAUGGCAGUGCUCAAAAAGAGAUUACUGUCUCUAUAUUAGAUGACUCUGAAGAACUUUGCAGUAGUGAGGAAAAUAAUCAAUCAUCCAAUAUGCUAAUACCAGAGUUCAGCGAUAACUUCAGUGCUGAAGAGCCCCAGAACCAAGAUUCUGUUGCAAAAGAAUCGUCCCUUGAUGACAUAUGCAACGCAUUCAGCGGGAUGCACCUCAAAGGAGAUGCAUAUCUUGAUCCUACUGAGUCCAUGACUUGUCCGGGGAAUAGAUUGAUCAUUGCUAGGAGGAGGAGAACACCGGAAGAGGAGGAAUAUUUGAGAGGUUUUAACCCAAGGGCUCCAAAUUUUCUUCCUCUUGAACUGGACCCAGAAUCAGAAAAGGUGGACCUCAAGCAUCAGAUGAUGGAUGAGCGCAAGAAUGCUGAAGAAUGGAUGAUUGACUAUGCACUUCGGCGAGCUGUGAAUAAUUUAGGCCCUGCUCGAAAGAAGAAGGUGGAGCUUCUUGUCCAGGCUUUUGAGACCGUCCUACCGCACGACGAGGAAGAGAAGAAAGGCAUCACACCAACAAGGCCUGUCCAAGCUUGCAAUUGAUAAUUGUAGAGUUAGUGGUCGAACUAAUCAAGAUCUUGACUCGCGAGCUACUAACUCAGUGGUCGCUGCAGUAUUAUCGCCGGAGACCUGCUUGAAGUUGAAUGAGAGAACUACUUACUAGUUUACUGGAAAUCUCUAGUUUGGGUUGUUUUUACUGAGGAUCUCUAGUUGAGUUUCUUAGGAGCUCAAAACUGCUCCACAGGGAAAGAUAACCACUCACUGAAUCAAACAGAUUCUUAUCUAGUUACUGAGCUGCAAGGUAACAGCUCACCAGCUAAGUACUGUAACGUGUGUAUAAAUGUCUCUUGUGCUAGUGUCUGAUAUUUACUGAUGAGUGAUGACUGAGACUAGCAAAAUGUUUAGGGUGGUUGAUGCCUUAGACAGAGAUGAAUAGAAUUCUUCUGGAGUGCAGAUUGGUUCUGGAGUAUGAUCAUACAUGUAUGCUAGUACUACUAAUGUGCAUUUGUAACAUAAGCAGCUCCUGAUAAUCCUGGGAUUGCCAUGAGUGCACAUUCAUC